CUCACUUUUUGAGCUUUCAUCUCUUUCUAACUUUGUUUUUGGAGCUACUUUUAUUAUUGUUUUGGGUUAAGAAAGAGUAAACCAUCAGUUUACCAUAUUGUGGCACAAGCUAAGAUACUUUUAUUUCAAGCCGCACCUUCCUAGUAUCAGUAGAUUUUAAAAAUGGCCAAGGAUGACGGCAAGGGUGGAUGGAAGGAGUCAAUUUGGAACCCAAGGACCAAGGAGUUUCUGGGCCGGACGGCAAGCAGUUGGGGUCUCAUCAUCCUCUUCUACAUCGCCUUUUACAUCUUCCUGGCAGGAGUGUUCAUCCUCACCAUGUAUGUCAUGCUGCAGACACUGGACGACAACAAGCCAAAAUAUCAGGACAGGCUGGGUAUACCAGGUAUGAUGAUCAGGCCUAAACAUAGUCCCGGUGGGUUCCUGGAGAUUGACUACAUGAUGGAGGACACUGAGACCUGGGAUAUAUAUGUGCAGGCACUGGACCAGUUUCUGUCACCCUACAACGACACUGAGCAGGUCAAGAAGAACUACGAGUGCCCGCCUGACAAGUACUUCUUCCAGUCGGACAGCGGCAGCGUGAAGAACUAUCCCAAGCGCUCCUGCCAGUUCAACCGCUCCAUUCUGGGAGAGUGCUCCGGCUUGACUGACCGCUCCUAUGGUUUCGGUGACGGACAACCCUGCGUCAUCAUCAAACUCAAUAAGGUGAUUGGGCUGUUGCCAGGUGGAAAGGACGGCACGGCUCCAUUUGUCACCUGUGCGCCCAAGAGAUACAAAGUUGUUGAAGAUGAAGAAGCCGAGGAGGGUGAAGAUAAGAUGGGCCAGGUGAUGUACUUCCCUCCCAAUGGGACGUACAACCUCAUGUACUACCCCUACUAUGGCAAGAAAGCACAGGUCAACUACUCCCAGCCUCUGGUGGCCAUCAAGUUCCUCAACAUCACCACCAAUACCGACAUCAACAUCGAGUGCAAGGUCACCGCCGGGGCCUUCCAACUUAAAGGCGACGAGAAGGAUAAGUUUGCCGGCAAAGUCAUGUUCAGGCUAAGGGUGAACACCAGAAAUUAAAGGCAAAAGCCUUUACGGGUCAUUUACUAGCACUUGCCCACACAGUCCCCCCAACAUCUCACAGUAAGC